UGCUAGCUGUCCGUCCUCCGCUCGGACUUUAACCGCAGCACGGAGCUCUCGGCUCGGCUUGAAAACGACGCCCCGGGCGGCUGCUGCUGGAGGAACCACCAUGUAGCCGCUCCUCGUCUGCUCCCUCUCCCCUCCGCGUGUCGACUCGCUGUCCGUCUUUUCCCUCUUAUGCGCGGUUUUAAUUUGUGUUGUGCUCGCCGCGCCCACCACAUUCAUUUUUAAUUGAGGGCUAGUUAGCCGGAAGCUAGCGCGGGCUGAGCCGGCGGCAGGUGGAAUCAAAGAGCUCCAGAAAGAGCCGAGGAAAGACGACAGCCGGGAUUAAACAUCGCGCCGCGACGGGAAAUCGGCGGGAUAUCGUCUGCAGUCCCGGGCUGAAUCCGCCCCUCUUCUCCGGCAGCAGCGGCUGAGGACGAGCGGCGGAGCAUCAUGACAGGUGAGAAGAUCCGCACCGCGAGGAAGGACCACAACAAGCCCAACAAGAACGACGACAUCCUGGACACGUACGAGGACGCGUCCGCCGGCACCCUCCCCAACGGCACCGGGCUCCACCUCCGGUCCAACCGGGCGUUCCAGAGGACGGCCCGGACGCAGCAGCAGCUCAACAGCAUCAACGGGAAUCCGCCGGCGGGCUCGGUGCUGAGCGACGACAACCGGAAUCCCAUCAUCCUGAGCGGGCCCGACCAGACCGGCCACUUCCCCGUGCACGAGUGCGUGUUCCGCGGCGACGUCCGGAGGCUGUCCUCCCUCAUCAGGACCCACAGCAUCUCCCAGAAGGACGUGCACGGUAACACACCUCUCCACCUGGCUGUGAUGCUGGGCCACAAAGAGUGCGCGCUGCUGCUGCUGGCCCACAAUGCACCUGUGAAGAUCAAGAACGCCCAAGGAUGGAGCCCUCUGGCCGAGGCCAUCAGCUACGGAGACCGGCAGAUGAUCACCGCCAUCCUGCGCAAGUUGAAGCAGCAGUCGAGGGAGAGCGUGGAGGACAAGAGGCCCAAACUGCUGAAGGCUCUGAGGGAGCUCGGGGACUUUUAUCUGGAGUUCCACUGGGACUUCCAGAGCUGGGUGCCUUUGCUGUCCCGGAUGCUGCCGUCUGACGCCUGUAAGAUCUACAAGCAGGGCAUCAACAUCAGACUCGACACCACCCUCAUAGACUUCACUGACAUGAAGUGUCAGCGCGGAGACCUCAGCUUCAUCUUUAACGGCGACGCCGCUCCCUCCCAGUCCUUCGUGGUCCUGGACAACGAAGCCAAAGUGUACCAAAGAAUACACCACGAGGAGUCGGAGAUGGAGACGGAGGAGGAGGUGGACAUCCUGAUGAGCAGCGACGUCUACUCCGCCACGCUGUCCACCAAGUCCAUCACCUUCUCCCGCAGUCAGAUCGGCUGGCUCUUCAGAGAGGACAAAACCGAGCGGGUGGGCAGCUUCCUGGCCGACUUCUACGCGGUGAACGGCCUGGUGCUGGAGUCCAGGAAGCGGCGGGAGCACCUGAGCGAGGAGGACAUCCUGAGGAACAAAGCCAUCAUGGAGAGCCUGAGCAAAGGAGGAGGGAUCACCGAGCAGAGCUUCGAGCCGGUCAGGAGACAGUCGCUCUCCGCUCCGGCUCCAAACACCAUCUCCUGGGAGGAGUACAUCACUGCAGAGCACGGAAAGCCGCCUCACCUCGGCAGAGAGCUGCUCUGCAAGGAGAGCAAGAAGAACUUCAAAGCCACGGUGGCCAUGAGCCAAGACUUCCCUCUGGGCAUCGAGUCGCUGCUGAACGUCCUGGAAGUCAUCGCCCCCUUCAAACACUUCAACAAGCUGAGGGAGUUCGUCCAGAUGAAGCUGCCUCCGGGUUUCCCCGUCAAACUGGACAUCCCCGUCUUCCCCACCAUCACGGCCACCGUCACCUUCCAGGAGUUCCGCUACGACGACUUCGACCAGUCCAUCUUCUUCAUCCCGGGGGAGUACAAGGAGGACCCCAGCCGCUUCCCCGACCUCUGACCUGGGGGGCUUGUAAAAUAUUGGAACGCGUCCGGCGGCAGCGGCGGCGUGAGGAGGAGGAUCCCGACAGCGAGACGGACGGAGAGCCGCAGAAACAAAAAAACACCAGACUCUCAUUUCCCGUCUGCAACAAAACUACACAAAAAAAAAAGAGUUUUCUGCUCAAGAGGAAGGAAAAACAGCAAAGUUAGAUUUAAUCCACUUUCCUGUCUUUUAAAAACAGAGUUGAUUUUAUUUGUUUUUAAACCUGAAAUAGCUCAAUCUAACAACAUCAGGAUCUGAACAAAGGAAUAUUUUCUGAGCUCUGGUAGUUUUACUCAUUUCACGUUUUCACUGAAGGUCCCAGCAGUGAGAGGAGGGGCUCAAACACUUUCUUUUUGGUGUAUUUUUCCCUUUUUGUGCAGAAUUUCUGAGGUUUUUUUUUUUUUUUGUGCAGACGGGAAAUGGAACCCGUCGAAGACGAACGCUAAGCCGGGAGAUUCAGCUGCUGCUGCUCUACUGUGAACACUGAGAACUCUUCCUCAUCUUCAUCACCCCCCCCCCCCCCCCCCACCCCCACCCCCACCCUCCUCAUCCUCCUGCACCGACGCCGUCACCUGUAAAUACUCUGGCGUCGUCCUGAACAAAGGCGAACCGCGAAUAUAUCCUCGACCCCGAGCUUAACCCUCUUUCUAUCUUAUAUUCCAGAUAUCUAUGAAUAUAUCUAUUAACUCCUCGGAGUAACACUGUGUAGCAAUACGUCUCCAGUCCUUCUGAAUGUCCUCCAGCGGCCUCGCUGGCGUUACCUCUGUGUGAGCGGGUACGAGAGCACGGGGGGGGGGGGGGGGCGUCGGGUAAACCGUUCAACACUAACCACACCCGAGAGCACCUCUGAGCGCCGGGGCCGACCCAUCCAGCUUCAGCUGACCUGUACCGCAACCAUGACCUACUUCACUUCCCUUUAAAUAAAACACCAGCAUCCUGUUUCAA